AUGGCGUCAGAAUCCAGGAUUCCAGCCACACCGCCUCCAACUCAGAACCCACCUGUCGGCGCGUCUGGCUCUGAAACUCCUCCCGUCAACUCUACCCCUACCACUGGCGCAUCUGCCGGCGGGGUGUCUGCCUCGCCGGCUUCCGCGGCGGGAGCGGCGGGCGAGGAGCAGAUAAUGGAUCUGGAAUCGUACGCUGCGAAUUAUUCCGGCCACACGCGCAUCGUACGGCUGCGAUUCAUCGCGGAGCGGUGCGCCGCUAUUGGCCAGACCGCGAUGGAGCUCGAGGCGCUGCGGAUGGCGGCGGAUGAGUUAAAGCGCGGCGAGAACAGCGCGGCGUAUAAAGAGGUCGUGGCGAAGAUUGCGGGGCGCCUCGGGCCUAAGUACGAGCUGGAUCAGGAGUGGGUGGAUUCUGUGGAGCGACGCGCGGUGCAGAAGCAGGAGAAGCUGGAGAUGGAGUUAAACGGGCGUUCCAGUGCUACGUGCGCACGCGCGACUACUGCAUCACGUCCAAGCACACCAUCGCCAUGUGUGCCUCUCCUCCCCUCCACCCCUCUCACACACCCCAACACCCUUCCUUCGUUCCACACACUGAAGAGCCUUCUUCCCUGUAUCCCCCCUUCCCCUCCUCUUCCCUCCUCCCUUCCCUGCCCUCCUCUGCCAUCAUACCCGCUACAGACGAACCUGAUAAAGGAGUCCAUCCGCAUGGGGUACAAUGAUUUAGGCGACUUUUUCUACUCGCGGGGGGACCUCCAACAGGCCUUCCGGUGCUAUGUGCGCACGCGCGACUACUGCAUCACGUCCAAGCACACCAUCGCCAUGUGCCUCAACGUGAUCGUGGCGAGUGUGGAGCUGGGGCACUUUGUGAACGUGAGCAACUACGUGCAGAAGGCUGAGCGCGGCAUGACUGACCCCAUCGUGCUGGCGAAGCUCAGGAGCGCUGCUGGGCUGGCGAGCUUGGAGGGGCGGAAAUACAAGGCCGCAGCCAGGAAGUUUGUGAGUGCCAGCUUCGACAUGGGCAGCAGCUACUCCGAGGUGAUAGCACCGCAAGACGUGGCGCUGUAUGGGGGGCUCUGUGCGCUCGCCUCCUUUGACCGCGCCGAACUUAAGAGCAAGCUGAUAGACUCCGUCAACUUCCGCAACUUCCUUGAGCUAGUGCCAGAGGUCAGGGAGCUCAUAUAUGACUUCUACGCCAGCCGCUACGCAUCAUGCCUCAAGUAUCUGGACAAACUGCGCCCAGUGCUAGAGUUGGACCUGCAUUUGCACGACCACGUGGCAGCGCUCUACCAGCAGAUCCGCCAGCGCGCUCUCAUUCAGUACACCACGCCCUUCAUAUCCGUUGAUCUCCGCACGAUGGCCUCUGCGUUCAACACGAAUGUGGCGGCGCUGGAGAAGGAACUUGCUGCGCUUAUAAUGGAUAACCAAGUGCAGGCACGCAUCGACUCACACAAAGGCAUUCUAUACGCUCGUCAUGCUGAUCAGCGCAAUGCAACGUUUCAACGAGCACUUGCAGCUGGCAAUGACUUCCAACGAGACACGCGCGCACUUCUGAUACGGGCGAGCUUGUUGAGAGCUGAAAUGGGCACUAGGCCGCAGCGUCUUACCGUUGUCUCAUCAGUGUCGAUCGUUAUCUGCAAUAAAGCGCUGCUUUCCCAGUUUCAUUUCAACUUCGCGACGACGCUAUCCAGCUGGCAUCUGGUGAUCACAUUCCUAUCGCUGCACGUCGCGCGGACGAUCGGGUUCUUCGAGCAUAAGGCGUUCGACCCUAAGGUCGUCAUCGGGUUCGGCUUGCUCAAUGGCGCGUCCAUUGGCCUCCUGAACCUAACACUAGGGUUCAAUUCCGUUGGAUUUUACCAGAUGGCCAAGCUCGCCAUCAUCCCGUGCACGGUCUGUCUGCAAAUCCUCUUCCUGAAGAUGAGAUUCAGCUUGCAGGUGCAGGCGCCCCUAGUGGUGCUACUGCUGGGCGUGCAGGCGUCCCUACUGGUGCUGCUGCUGGGCGUGGGCAUCGCCACAGUCACGGACUUGGAGCUCAAUUUCGUUGGCACGGUCCUGGCUGCUCUUGCCAUUGUCAGCACCUGCGUUGCUCAAAUCAUGACCAACACGAUUCAGAAGGGGUACAAGGUGAGCAGCACGCAGCUGCUGUACCAGUCGUCGCCCUUCCAGGCGCUCAUUCUCAUCCUCUCGGGGCCCUUCGUGGACGCCUACCUCACGGGCCACAACGUCUUUGCCUUCGACUACACCUUCAACGUCAUUUCGUUCAUCUUGCUGUCAUGCUUCAUCGCCGUGGCUGUCAACUUCAGCUCCUUCCUUGUCAUCGGCAAGACGUCGCCAGUCACCUACCAGGUGCUAGGCCACCUCAAGACAUGUCUGGUGCUGGGUAUGGGCUACCUCUUGCUCAACAACCCCUUCAGCUGGCGCAAUGCGGGUGGCAUUCUGGUUGCGCUGGUCGGCAUGGUUCUCUACUCCUACGUGCAGAUCCAAGAGGCCAAGUCCAGAGACGCUCAGAUUUCAGCUCCUCCCUCGGGUGGCUUAAGUUUUGAGAAGGCCAAUGACAGUGACCGUGAAACUGUGAGUUAA